ACACCACCCCACCCCCAUAUUUGGACGGCGCAUACAUAGCUAAAAACGAAGUACAGUGCAACGCCAUAAUUCACUAAUACAUCAUAAAUCGUUGAAAGUACCCGCGUUAUAACGACCAAGAGAAAUCUAACAAAUCAAGCGCCCCUUAGUACUCAGCCGUAAGCCUGCAACUCUCUAAAACAACCUAAAUGAGCUCUUACUUUGUAAACUCGUUCUCGGGGCGCUACCCAAAUGGCCCCGACUAUCAACUGCUAAAUUAUGGAGCCGGCAGCGGCGCAAUGAACGGCGGGACGUACAGGGACUCUUCCUCCGCCAACAUGCACCAUGCGACGGGCUCUUACGGCUACAGCUACAAUGGCAUGGACCUGACCGUCAGCAACCGGGGAGGGGGGAGCGGCAGCGCCGCCAACACCGGAGGACACUUUGGGGGCGGCUCGGUCCUCGGGGGCUCCAGGGGCUUCGGUUCCCCAGCAGCGGAGACGGGCUUCAGACAGCCGUCCAGCUGCUCUCUCGCCUCUGCGGCAGACUCCCUUCUGUCACCCGGUAUUGGAGAAGCCAAACUGGGCGCCCAGAGCUCGUCUCCCCACUCGGAGCAACCAGGAAGCGGUAAUCUCAGCUCUCCAAAUCUGUCCUCCACCUCCUCCGGCGGCAGCGGCACGGCGCAGCGUUUCACGGAGCUGGACGACUCGUCGCCAGAGACCGAGGAGUUGCAGCACAAAAGGGAAGCCGGCCACGGAAGCAACCCGCCACCCAGGACCGGGCACCCGCAAAGGCAAGAGGGCGGCCCGGCAGGAUCAGCCGCUGGCAGCACGACGGGAAGCGACACCCAGCCACCACAGAUAUUCCCCUGGAUGAGAAAGCUGCACAUUAGCCAUGAUAUGACAGGCCCGGACGGGAAACGGGCGCGGACGGCGUACACCCGCUACCAGACUCUCGAGCUGGAGAAGGAGUUCCACUUCAACCGGUACCUCACGCGGCGGCGACGUAUCGAGAUCGCGCACGCGCUCUGCCUCACGGAGAGGCAGAUCAAGAUUUGGUUCCAGAACCGGAGGAUGAAGUGGAAGAAGGACAACAAACUGAAAAGCAUGACCCUCGUCACCGCUGGCAGCGCCUUCCAACCCUAGAAAUGAACCUAUGUACAUUCAAAAAAUAUAUAUAUAUAUAUCCAUACCUCCAUUUCUGUCGAAAGGUUAUUCCAAUGUGCAGGCUUCCCAGGAGGGAAUAGAGAGACAAAACAGGAAAAAA